GAGAGAGAGAGAGAGAGAGCAACAGAGCGACAGAGAGAGCGAGAAGGAGCGAAAGAGAGGAGUGGAGGAGGGAAUACAAUUUGGUUUCUUAUAACUGGAAAACUACCAAAGGAGAGAACGCACCGAGUGAACGAAGGCAUCAACCGUUCUUAUUUCGACGUUCGUUCGCUUCAAAAGGAUUCAAGCCAGAAUGGAGCUACCUGCCGCCGGAGAGCACGUAUUUGCGGUGGAGGGCAUCGAAAAGAAGCGCAUUCGGAAGGUAAAACUUCUCACCAAUGCACAUUUCAAUAGCGUUGAGCUCAAUUAGAAUGUUAUCGGUUUUCUCACCAAAUCUCUCUCCUUCUCCCUUCUCCUACAGGGCAAAAUAGAAUACCUGGUAAAGUGGAGAGGGUGGUCUCCCAAGUAAGUGUGAAACAUUGAAUUGCGCAUAUGAUUUUAAAUGCUCGGACACAAGAUAGUACCCAUAGGUGGAUUCUGCAGGCAGCAACCGAUUUUGUUUUUCAAAAAAAAAAAUCCUCGCUCGAAAGGCAGCAAUGGGGACGCGCGCGCGCGCUUAAGAGAGAUAGAGGGGAGUAUAGAGAGCGAGAAAGAGAGAGAGAGCGAUACGGAUGCCUUCACUAAUUUAUGCGAGGGAAGGGGGUAGGCACAGCCAUGUAAUCCCGUUUUAAUUAUUGCUGCACUGCCAGCGAAUUUACGAGACAGUGGUGUUAAAAUGGCCGACUGUAACUCGGUGCACAGUGCAAAGAUUAUUGGUUUUAUACCGUUCGCGUUUGGAUAGAGCAGGGACCCUACCCUGUAUUUUGAAUUGUGUACUGCUCUCUCUCUCUCUCUCUCUCUCUCUCUCUCUCUCUCUUGCAUAGACUACUUGAGACAUACCCAGGGUUAUUUGGGGUAUUUGGCAGGCAUGAUCCGCAUUUGUUUUGGAAUGGGCUUCCCUUGCCAGACAUAGUGAAUCAUCCCAGAGAUUAACCCAUUACUAGGCUAUAACACAUUUUUGGAACAUGCUGGUGGAUAGGCUACUUUACGCAUGAAGACAAUUGCAACGACAUUGUAGGCUAGAGUCAAGAACAGAAUGUAAUUCAUAACCCAUAAUAUAUUGAGAGACAACCUUAGCCUCUAUAUUGUAAAAGGGAAUAGCCUAUGUUGUUUUUCUCAACAUGAAUUACAUAUGUUUUUCUGUUCUUUCUACAGAUACAACACAUGGGAACCGGAGGAAAACAUCCUUGACCCGCGCCUUCUCGUGGCGUUCCAAAACAGGUGAGAGUCUUUGGAUAUGGCCUAGCAGCCUCGAGUUGAGUCAUGACCUUAUAUGGUCAGGAGAGGAGGGGGGCGGUGGGUAGCAACGCAUGUUAUUCAUACACCACACAGCCUCCCAUGGGGGAUGUGUUUGAAUGUUGGGAGAACUCCAAAGACACGCGUAUGGAUUGAUUAGAUACGCGCACGUGUGCAUAGUUUUAGUAUUAAAUUCUGCAUUCUGCAUUUUAAUAGCCUAGACUACCUCAUGGCUUGUUGUCAUGGUCUGGUCUCAAGGAGUCCAUGCUUCGCUGCAUGGCAGUUAAUAUAGGCUAGUCCAAUGCAAUGAACUGCUACAUUUUCACAAAAUAAAUUAGACAUUCGGUGUGAGGUUGUCCAUCAAUAAACUAUGUAAAUAUAUGUAUGAAGUUAAUAUCCUUCAUUAGCAAUAUUCCUAUAGGCCUAAUUUACGAGAGUACGUAGCCUAUUACAAUCAAAGACUUGGGCUGCUGUCAAAAGUGAGCAAGUCGUGCAGGUGCAGGAAAUAACGGCGAUGGGAUGCUAUUGUGAAGAAACUACGCAUUUGCCCAUAUAGGCCUAGUAGUAUUUUGGUGGUCUGGUCCCUGGGAGUCAAUUCAUGAAUAUAUCAUUGUGAAAGUCCAUACAAUGACAAAACCACUCUUGUGUAGUCCUAAACAUGGGCUGAUUUCAACAAUUAGCCUUAAGAUUCAGGCGACGAAUGAUUAGGACUAUCGGUUGGCUACAUUCAAACGCAAUGGGAUAUUUUAAACCACAUUUUAUUUCAUAACUAUUGAUCGGAAUAAUCUUUGUAUUAGCUAAAAGCUUUGGAGUAUUUACAAUAGUUGAUUAUAAGCAAGGCUGCAUAAAAGUAUUAUGUCUGUGCGAAAGCCUAUAGGGCUUAAACAAUUUUGCGCAGCAAAUUCACAAAUAGCCUACAUCACAUGCAAUACUUGACCACGUAUGUCGCAGUCAUUUCACUCCAACAAUGUAUCACAUGAGCAUUGCGUGGUGCAGGCGGCUGGUCUCUCUCUCAUCCACGGGAUAACCUAGGCUACCCGCCCCAUAGGCCACCACCACUCCGUGUUUCACGUCGGUGUGGGGACAGGGAGAUACAUAGAAGGCUGAAGGCCUAAAGGACGGGGGAUGGGUAUCACAUUUAUGGAAACCGUGAUUGACAUCCUCUGCUCUCCGCCAUUUCCAGUGGGUGACCUCAUAUUCUCCAGUCCUCCGGCGGCCUUGUGUGUGUCUGGGCUGGACGGUCGGCCUCAGAGCGCUGCCUCUGCGCUGUGUGGGGAGGGAAGGGCCUGUGUGUUCGGCUCGCUCUGCUCUCGUCCCGGGGGAUGGGGGAGGGGAAUCGACAUGGGAGGUUGCAAUUGCCAAAUCUUCUGUAAAUGGAGGUUGCCCCGCUGGACGUCUCCGGUGUAAAAUCACACCACGUUAUUGCUUUAUGAUGCAGAAAGUUCACGGGGACAGGCCGUGUCACCACGAGUUUGCUCAGUGUUUUGCUUACACACUCAUACUGUAGCAUAGUAUGCCUACUACAUUAAUGCUGUGUGUUAGCCACAUGCGCUAAUGCGCAGCAGUGUGGGUGCGUCGAGUCCAGCUGCCACUGGGCUUGUGGGUUAUAUUUACGAGCAUGUUAUGACUCAAGGCCUCAACUAGGGAGCAAUUAUUUCAUAUGGACAUGACUGUGCAUAUGAUCACCACAGAAGAAUAACGUUCUGCACACCUCUCUCCUUCGAGGAGUUUUGUAAACCCAAACAAAUAUAAUGUUAUUCUUGGUAGGCUAUAGUUCUCUGGAAUGUAGUUAUUCAUUCAUUUAUUCAGUGAGUGUAAUUUACUCGGGAAUACAACCCAAUAUAUUCAAAUGUACAUAGUUAAUAAUCGACCAUUGUGUUCACCUAAUCUUUAUGCAGGCUAGAUGCUGUUGUGUUGCAGUUAUUUCAUUUUCAGUAAACCCUACUUCAACCUUGUAUUUAUUCAAUUUCAUGCACACCUUGUCACCUAAUCUUUAUGCAGGGUAGAUGCUGUUAUGUUGCAGUUAUUUCAUUUUCAGUAAACCCCACUUCAACCUUGUAUUUAUUCAAUUUCAUACACACCUUGUGACCCUAAUUAGGAUUUGACUGUGACAGAACUAUAGGGAGGUGUAAGGACUGGCGGUGGGAGAGGAUGUGGAAGAGAGAGGGGGAGAUUCUUCCCCUGCUGUAGAACUAAUUGAAUUCCUUCAUUAUAAUGAGAAUAUGGAAUGAUGGGCAUAUUACUAUGGAGAGAGUUAUGUAAAUACAGACAGACCAGAAUGCUUUGCAGCAGGUCACACUCGGGUCUUCAUUAGCCUUCAAAAUCAAAAUUCCACUUUCAACCUUGAAGAGAUCCAAAUGCAUUUAAUUUCGGUUUUUGAAAAAUUAAUUGGUCUAGAGAUGCUACGGAAUUAGUAAUAAGACCAAUAGAGGGAUAUAUUUGCAAACUGUGUUUUGUUUGUGCACAUGUCUGUCAAUAUGUGCAGUUCAUUAAUAUGUUGUAAAGCUACCAGUAUGCCAAUAUGUAAAAAAACAAAAACAAUGAUGACACAAGAUUACGUUUCAUGCCAACAUCCACUCUCAUGGUAAAUCUAUGUUUUUUUCAUUAUCUUUGACAGAGAGAGACAGGAACAGUUGAUGGGAUAUCGUAAACGUGGACCAAAACCAAAACAUCUCUUAGUCCAGGUAACUAUCAUCAUCCCCGCCUUAUUGUCCAUAUUGUUUUUAUGUUUAAUAGUUCCAUUUGUUUCAAAAGAACAGGAUUUUCAGUCAGGUAUCCCCAUUCUGUUGGCAUGCCACUGAACUACAGUUGCGAUGCCACUGAACUGCAGAAAGAGCGAGAGAGAGAGAGAGAGAACAGUAGUUCCUGUGACACACCAGUGUCAGGUGUUUUGGAGAUCCCUGUCAUUAUAGCUGUGGUUAUUUUUUGUAGAUUUGCAUUAGGAGAGAGAGAGGUAUGGGGUCCUCCAGCUGGUCUGGCCUACACACUCAUCAUGAAACCCAGUUUGUUGCCUCAGGCUCUGGAAGUAUUGCUUGAGCGCAUUCAUUUUAUUUUAUGCUAAUGGACACGUGCAAAUGGCUGUUUCCCUUUUAAGAUUUUUCAAUUGUUAUUUUCUCUUCCCAAAUGAAUAACCAUGUUGCCUAUGGGAAAUUUGGUAUGCCAUUCCAUUUUCACGUUCGCAAUUUGUUAGCUAUAAAAUUAGCCUUUUCCAGAAUGAUUCAAAGCAAAAGUGAAAGAAUAACAGAACACAGUUCACAGUUCCCUGAGGUUGAGGUUGAGGAUUUUGUAUGAACACACUUGGAGCCAGAUUUAAUUACAAACGGCUAGUGAUUUAGAGCCACUGCAUUUAUUACUACGAGUUGUCAAGCCUUUAAAGACCCACUCCAUAAUUGAAAAAUAAAAAUAAAAAUGGCAGCCUUGCCACUUAGUUUGCUACAAAGCUGACGGAUAAGGCUGGAGAAAUGUAACCACUCUCAAGUUCAUAGAUGGAGCUAUGGAAGCAAGGAUUGACAAUCCUCAAAAAUGUCUGUAAAAAGUGGGACCUUUAAGAGACACACCACGUUGCUACAACCACACGUGGUUUGACAUCAAGGAUCAAGCGUGACAUGUCUAGUGGCACCUAAGUGACCCUGAGGUCACAGACAUAGUGUCUUCCGGCCCCUUUCUGAAAUAGCAUUCUCAUGGCCUGGGGGGGUCAUGCAUGGGAAGUGGAGAGGGAAGGAGGGGGGAGGGAUCAGAGAAGAUGGAGGAAGGAAUCCCAGGAGGAGAGCACUGACUGGAUGCUCUCCUCACACAAAGUUAUAGAUUGGUUGUCUGUGUCCUUUAUGCCAGGGUAGCCAAGGACUAGAAUGUCUUAAUGGAAUGUGCCGAUAACAUCUGAAUCCCAAUGUACAAAUGUAGCCAUUAGCCAAGGCCUGUGUGUUGCAUUUAGGCCUACAGUAUGUGGAUAAUUUAUGCAAUGAUAUUGUAUUAUUGUGCUCCGACAAUGUCUUUGAAUUGCCCUUGAGGGGAUUGAUAAUGUCCUAUUGAAUUGGAUUGGAUUGCUGGCUACGGCUGAGGACUAGCUAUGAGAAGCAACACAGCAAAAAUGUAGACUUAUGGUAAAUUCCUGCUUGUUGUCUUUUGCCAUUUCUAUUUCCCUCGUGAGUUAAACCCCAACAUUAAAAGAUGAAAGGAGUGCUUUCAUUUUUCCAGAAUAAUAACCUUCCAUUGUCUUCCAACUUUUUCAGCUUCCCUCGUUUGCACGAAGAUCCAGCAUCCCUGCCGGAUUCGAGGAGACGUCUCCGGAGGCCGAGAACCACCUCAGGUCAGACCUGAUCCAGAUGCACCGCUCCCAGCCCCAACAGUACCAGCUGAACAGCAAGAAGCACCACCAGUACCAGCCCAGCAAACAGGAAGUCCCAGCGGACCAGCUAGGCAACGGGAAGAAGAAGUUAUUCUAUCAGCUCAAUAGCAAGAAACACCACCACUACCAGCCUGACCCCAAUAUGUACAACACCCAGUCCGCCAGGCCCAAAGAGGUGGCCAAAGGUCAGGAACCCAGUCCGCCCACCAAUCCCAACCCUGGGUGGAACCUGCCACCGGCUCUGCAGCAGAAAUGGGUUCGCGACAAAAACACGGGCUGCCUGAGCAAAGUCAAAGACAUGACGAUGGUGGAGAUGAUGAAACCAGCGGUGCGCGUCAACGAGGCUGAGAGCGAAUGUGCACUGAAGCCCAGCCCAAAGGAGGCAGCCCUACCCAGCGCCGUCAGCAGCAAGAUGAAGAUAAUCAAGAACAAGAACAAGAAUGGACGCAUCGUCAUCGUCAUGAGCAAGUACAUGGACGGCAACAAGGCUGGGGCCGCCAAGGGUAAACACUCUUCAGACUUGACUGGAGAAGAGAAACCUCAGCACACCAAGCAGUCAGACAGGACCAAGGUGCAGGGGACCACCAAUGUCCCUAAAGAGAUCUGUAAUGCCAGUUCCCCUCCGGCCGCUGAGCAUCCCAAGAAACGCUCUCCAGAAGACGGACAUUUCUGCAAACCAUCGCCCAGCACGGCUGAGGAAUACAACACAGAGGUUGCGAGGGGCCAGGCGGACUUACCGGAUGAUCACCCCCUACAGCUAACCACCAACCCAACCCCUUCCCCCUGGGCGAUGGAUACUAGCCUCCACGCCCCUAGCCCUAUGGACCAGAUCCGGACACUCCCCACCCCAAAUAACGACCACAAGCGCAAGCUCUCCCAACCCAAGGAGGACAGGGGCGCGUGUAAAACGUUUCUGAGCUCCAGGAGCAUCAGUGUCCCCAGUGCUGUGCCCACUCCGCCCCAGGACAAACCCAUGGACCUCCACCUCAUUGUCCCCCGCCGGAGCAGCAGUAGCGGGUAUGGGUAUGAGGUUACGGACACCAGCACCAGUCAGGAAGAACCUAUGGAUCUUAGCUGUUCUAGAACCAGAAAGCAACCUGAACCUGAGCCAGUGCCAGAGCCAGAACCGGAGCCUAAGGACCCAACUCCAGUGGUACAGGAGUCAGAGACAACAACAACGACAACAACAACAGCAACAACAACAGAGGAGGCUGAAGAGGAGCCUGUCUUAAAGUUCUCUCCUUUUAUGGGAAACAUUGUCAUCACUGACAUCACCACGAACUGUCUCACGGUCACUUUUAAGGAAUACGUUUCUGUUUAA